GGCGCAAGCGCACGGCGGGAGCCAAGAUGGCGGCGCACACGCUGCGGGGGCUGUGCCGGUCGCGGCCGGGGCUUCUCGCCGCCCGGUUCUCGCAGCGGGCCGCCGCCGGGACCGAGUACCGGAGCGCCUACAGCCUGGACAAGCUGUACCCGCCGCGGCAGGACGGCGCCGCCAGCGCUCCGGAGGAGACGCAGCCGAACACCCUCGACAUCCCCCUGGCUCGUCUGAGCGUGUCCUACAGCCGCAGCAGUGGCCCCGGGGGCCAGCACGUCAAUAAAGUGAACACCAAGGCAGAAGUUCGGUUCCACCUGGCGUCAGCAGACUGGAUUCCAGAGGCUACAAGAGAAAAAAUGGCAUCGAUGCACAGGAAUAAGAUAAACCGAGCUGGGGAGCUGAUCGUGAGCUCUGAAGAGAGUCGCUACCAGAUGAGGAAUCUGGCGAUUUGUCUCGAAAAAAUCCGAACCAUGGUCACGGAGGCCACUGAGAAACCCAAGGUGGUGUCUAAGGAGACUACACAGAAACUCAUAGAGAGGGUGGAAAAAAUGAACCGUGAACGACUACGACAGAAGAAGAUACACUCAACUAUAAAACAGAGCAGGAAGGCAGACUUGGACUGAACAGCGGAGAUUGAAGCCCGUGACAUACCGUCUCUUUAAAUGAAUGCUGUCGGCAGCUGGAGAUGACGCUCAACUCAAACUAUAUUGAAUAAAAAUGGUCUAAAAAUGUAAAUAAAAGUAUUUAUCAUCUC